AUGAAGAACACCGUUGCUCUUCUUGCCCUCGCCGGCGUCAGCCAGGUCACUGCUACCGGCUGGAACAAGUUCCCUUCCUUCGACUGCCCCGACAACACCGACAACAAGUGUGACGACAAGCAGAAGGAUGGCUUCUCCUGGGGAGACCUCACCCCCGGAUCGUUCAGCAGCUAUGGCGGAUUCGACUUCAAGGGCUGGACCUGCGGAAGCGACUUCUCCAAGCGCGACCUCCUGGCCCCCCGUACCUUCGGUGGCAAGGUCAUCGAGGGCUCUUGCGGUCAGAAGAAGGAGACUUCUCCCUCUUUCGGCUGCGGCUCUCAGACCAGCUCCCCUGACAAGUUCUCUAUCGGUCACUUCGAUGUGAGCGUCGAGUUCGACUGCGACCUCGAGUUCCACUACGACAUGCCCGACGGCUCUACUUGCAAGCACCGCUCUGCCUGCUCCAAGGCCGGUACCACCGUCAAGAACACCCAGUGCGGUGGUGCUAAGAACGUCACCAUCGUCUACCCCUCUCAGCCUUCCAAGCCCAAGUCUACCUGCGGUGUCGGCAUCCACACCAUCAGCUUCGACUGCAGCCCUCCCAAGACCACCGUUCCCCCCAAGACCAAGACCAGUGCUCUCGUCUCUUCCGCCACCACUCUGAGCACCGCCCACACCAAGCCUGCUGAGACCACCUCCAUCCCCGUUGCUGAGAAGACCAGCACCAAGCCCGCCCAGACCCCCAAGGAGACCACCUCCGCCGAGCUUCCCUCCGUCUCUAUUCCCGGCAAGGAGUCGACCACUGCUGUUGUUCCCUCCGUCACCAAGCCUGCGUCUAAGCCCGUUGAGUCUGAGACCAAGCCUGUUGAGUCCGUCACCAAGCCCGUCGAGGAGACCACCUCCGGUGCCCUGCCUUCCGCCAGCAAGCCCGUCGAGUCCGUCUCUAAGCCCGUUGAGUCUGUUACCAAGCCCGUUGGUCAGACCACCUCCGCUCAGCUGCCUUCCGUCUCUAUCCCUGCCAACGGCACUCAGCCCGUCGCCACUCAGCCCGCUGAGUCCAAGCCCGUCGAGUCUGUCACCGUCCCUGCCAUCCCCGAGACCAAGACCACUGUCUUCGACACCACCUCCACCAUCUACACCACCCGCAUCGAGACCGUCACCUCUUGCGCUCCUGAGGUCACCAACUGCCCCGCCGAGUCUCGCACUCCCAUCAUUGUCACCGCCACCGUUCCUCUUACCACGACCGUCUGCCCCGUCACCGAGACCAUCGUCCACACUCCCGGUGCCUCCAAGCCCGUCGAGCAGCCUUCCCAGGGUGUCUCUUCCCAGAAGCCCGUUGGCUCCGGCUCCGUCACCAAGCCCUCUGCCACCAUCCCCGCUGGCCCCGUCGAGACCCUUCCUUGCCCUGAUGUCGUUCCUCAGUGCUUGAGCACCUGGAUCUUCUCUUCCGGCUGCACUGACAACUCCGACGCCUCCUGCUACUGCCCCGACGCUGCUUUCGUCGAGAAGGUCUUCAACUGCAUCUACUCCCACGGUGCCAACGACGACAUCAUCUCCAAGGCCACCGAGUUCUUCCAGGGCAUCUGCGCUCCUCACAUCCCCGAGAACCCCGCCAUCGUCACGGUCCCUGCCACCAUCAUCCCCGUCAUCACCGUCUCGGCCACCAAGCCCGCUGCCACCAACCCCGCUGAGUACACCACCGUCACCGUUGACAAGACCGUUGUUGUUCCCUGCGUCACCGACGGCACCACUGUCCCUGGCUCUUCCACCACGGCUACCAUCAAGACCACCCUCUCGGUCCCCAACGUCUCCUUCGCCACCGACUCUGCUUCCCAGGUCGUCCCGGUCCCUGCUCCUUCUACCCCUGCCGCCAGCAACCCCGCUGCCACCGUCUCUACCCAGGCCCCUGGUGCUGACGCUCCCUACCCCACCACCCCGGCCGCCGGCGCCAGCAAGACCACUCCUGUCGGCACCGGUGCUGUCGUCCCUACCACCACCGGCGUCGUUGUUGCCGGUGCCGGCAAGGCCAGCUUCGGUCUUGGUGCCGUUGUUGCUGCCGCUGUCCUCGCUGCUUUCUAA